UAGCACUGGCAUUUGCGUAAUCAACCGGCAAACACCAAAGAGUGUACGCGAAUUAAGCUUCGGUAAUUUUAUGGUUUUACUUGUGUGAUCGAGCUAAUUUCUUGAGAAUGUGGUUAUUUAUUGUUCUCACACUAAACGCCUUACUCGGCUGUCAAGUUUUACAGACAGAGGCGAAGUUAAAAGAAGGAGAGUGUGAAGGUAAAUCUUACAUACAACCUUGUAGCGACAGGAAGUGAAACUCAGCUAAGCUUAUAACAUGACACGUAUGGCUGUACGGUUGUUAGGCCUUCACCUAGACUUAAACAUGUAGAGAUAAUGAAGAGUUCUUGUAUCUCACUCAACAGACCGGCUAAGGGUUCUGGGAAAUUAUGAGAACUUUCUACGCCUUAUAAUUGCAAAGGCACUUUUUUUUGACACAACAUAAUUUAUUAAGACUUGCAACCUAGAUACUAAACUUAAUGUACUUUUUUUUAUUUUAUAAAAAAGAAAAUCCAGUGAAAGUUUAAGUUUGAUUAAGUUUUUAGGUUUUAGUAAUUUAUGGAAAAUUCAAGCUUUCGGCCUUUACAUGCCACGAUCUUGUGGAGUGGUACAAAUGCACGAUCUUUAGUAUAAUGCAACAGUUCCUUUUAAAACUCUCAACUCAUAUGAUGUAAUACUUACUGAGCCGGUGUUAAUCUUUCUCUAUCUUGAUGUUUUACUAACUCAAGCUCAUUCUUGGACUGAUCCAGGAAUAAGAAAUAAUGGAGCGAUAGUUUACUCUUGUUUAGCAUCUGUUGUCUCAACUGUGUGUCAUGUUUCCUCUGGACUGUGUUUCACAGCUGUUGAGAAUUUCAAUCAGACACCAAAGCCUGUGUGUAGUAACACUUUCACUCUAAGAAAAUUUUUUAAAAAUCAGUUACUGCUACUCAAAUUUUUAUAUCAAAACUUAUCUCUUGGGAAGAAAAACCUUAGGGAAAAGUAAACUACCCUUUUUACUUUGAUUCAGUCCUCAUAUUGGACAUGUCCCAGAAAAAAAAUUGGAAGGCUUGAAACAGCUGUGAAAACAGAUAUAUUGGGAAAAGAAAACUUCAAGCCUUGAAUGUAUUUGUAUAUGUUGCAUGGCUAAAUGCCUUUUUUUUCCUUAAUAUUUAUUCCAAUUUUGUGGUAUUGUCAUGCUUUAUAGCACAUCAUUAUUUCAUUAACAUUGGACAUAUUUUUUCCUUUUAAUCGAUAGUUUGUAUAAAGUUUCUGACAAAUUUUGCAAGUAAACUGUCAAGCGAUGAAAUGUCUGACAUGAAAGCAAUUGAAGAAAAGUUCAAAGCUGCUUGCAAAAAGGCAAAGAACAAAGAAAACAGAUUUGUAAGUGCAUUUUAUAGUAUGAUCAUGUUUAAAAAGAUGUAUGAAACCAAUGCAUUUGCAUGUAAGAGGUCUGGGUUCAAGCUUUGAAUUCAAGAUUGGCUGGGCUCUUUUAUGACACCUAUGUUCAUGUUUCAAAAUGGUCUGUGGAUUCAUAAGGCAUACAAGAAGCUACAGGCGAAAUUUUUUUAGUACACUUGCAAAGUUUUCGAUAAGAUUUUUUCAAGCUUUGAGAUUCAAAAAUUUUGGUCUGGGUAUCUAAUAUAAGAAUUAGAAUUGAUAUUUUGCACAGCCAAUUGACGAGCUGAAAUUUUUAAUGAAAACGGUAUUAAAUAUUUGGUUUCCUUUGCUGUUGUCCUGACAGCCACCAACAAUCUACUGCAUGUUUGGGAGACAUGGAUGAUUCUCACUAACAAACGUUUGCUAGUGUAUAUUUUCCUCACUCACAGUUUAUCAAAAUCACUCGCAUUUUGCGAGGUCGCGAGAGUUAAUUUCGAGUCUUGAGCUACUAUGCAAAGUUAUCUGGCUAACUUUCAGUGGCAUGGGCCUUUCUUCAAUCUGAUGGAAACCUUGAAUAUUGUAGAGGGAGGACAAAGCCAUUCAUAGGAUGCAUCAGUAUCUGGUGAUAGGAUUUAUAAGUCUUUUGACACUCAUCCCCUUAAUUCUGACCUAUGUAAUGGUCAAUGCUGUCUGCCUUUUAAUCUACCAGGGUCAGUGUUUAAAUGGCUUUCAACAAAUGUCUGGAAAACUUGAAAAAUUACUGGGAGAAAAGGGAGUUGCAUUGCACUUUUGUUCCACUCAGGGAGAGAUUGAGGAGGAAUACUCCUAAUCCCUUCAUCAGUGUUCUCCCUCAAUUUAAGCAAAACAGGCAAAUAAAUUUUUAAACUGGUAAAAAAUCCUCUAAUGCCUUGAGUUUUCAAGAAUUCAAAGCUAUUUUAGGCAAUAAUAAGAGGUAUUACAGGCAAUAAAUUUUACCAUUUACAGCCUGAAAAGGAAAACACAGCUUUAUGCCUCAAAAAUAAGCAGAUGAAGCUCGACUGUAGUUAAUCACAACACUUUUGUUUUGAUCACCCAGUGUUACUACAUUGGAGGCACUGAAGAUGCUGCUACCAGUAUUCUUAAUGCAGUCCUCAAGCCUCUGAGCUACCACAAACCUGCAGAGAAGAUCUGUGAGGACCUUAAAAAACAGGACGGCCAAAUUUGUGCUUUGCAGUAUGGUAAGUUUAAGUGUGAAGAAAUUCAUUUAUUUUUUCAUUUAUUUUUUUCAUUUUCUUUCAAUUUCAUGUACUUACAAUCUCAUAGAGAUACUACCCUUGGGAAAAUGUAAAGAGCAUUGUUUGACAAUGACCAGUGUGAAAAAGGUUUUAUUUGGGAGAGAAAUGAUAAAUUUACUCUAAGGAAGUGACGUAUUUGCUUCUAUAAUAUUAGUUGAGGUUUUGCACAUGUCAGUGGCUUCUUUUUCUCAAGUUAAUAGGGAUAUUAUUACAGUUAAAUUGUUCGCAUGCUGAUAUAAAUUUUGAUCUGAUCCCUAUUGCAGACAAGCAGAUUGACCUUAACAAUGUUGACCUGAAGAAGCUCCGAGUGAAGCAGCUCAAGAAGAUUCUCAGUGACUGGGAUGAAGAAUGUGUGGGAUGUUUAGAGAAAUCAGACUUUAUCAAGAGGAUUGAACAACUCAAAAGUGAACACACGGAACUCUGAUGACCUUAGCGAGUAGAAAGUUAUUCAAUUUAGCUUGUAAAGUGAAUUACACUGUACUCUCCUAUGUUCUUACAAUAUGAGCAGGAAGUUCAGUUUUGUGACUGUGCAGACAUCAAUUCUGUCUGUGAUUUGCAUUGCACUGAAGCAGGGUGGGGGUUGCUACCCAACAAAGUAUUGUGGAAACAAUAUUUUAUUCUCUCCUUACUCCCCUACUCUGCAUAUAAAAUGGUAUGCUUCAUAUUCUAAGGUCAAAUCUAUGUACACAUCUCUAAGGCAGCUGGUUGUUACAAAGGUACUUUUGGUUUAAAAUGAAUUGUCUCUUAUACUGCAUUCUCUUGAGUAAAAUUCACCAUAAUACAAUAUUUGGUUGUGAAACACACUUCAAAAGGAAAAGGUAUUUCAACUUUUAUCAACCCUGAGAGAGCAAAACAAAUUCACAUUUAAUGUACAUUUACCUUCAAUGGUUGAAAGUUUCCAAGAAUCCAAUUAAAGUUUGAUAUAUUGACUUAGUAAAAUGUGAAGUGUUUUCUGAACAGUUAUUGAUGUCAAAAUAUACAUCUAAUCCAUGUCACAUAGAAAAGGGAUGCACCUCAGUUAAUUAACCCUUUCACUCCUAAUUUCUUAUUAGUAAUUCUCCUCACAGUUUUUUAUACAGUUCUUAUUAUGCCAGUGUGGAGAAUUUGGUAUCAUAUCAAGCUAUAAUCCCUUCAUUGGACUCUUUCUUUAUUCUCAUAACUUGUCUGCUUGAUAUUUUAUUGAUGUUGUAAGGAGAAAUUCUGUCUUGGUCACUAGUGGGAAUUAAAGGGCUAAUGGUGGAAUCCAAAGGGUGAGAGUUCACAAGAAGACCAUGUUGAUGGCCAACUCUGCGUAAAGAGUUUGUGGCUACACAGUCAAGGGAAACACAACGAUUAAAAGUUUGACGCCUCUUUCGUGUUC